GGCGAAAGCAACAAAAUCGACAAACCGUUCAACGGCCAACACAACGCUAUAAAAUGACCUAAAUCAGCCACAUCGCUCUUGUUUCUAUCUCUCACCCCCUCCCGCACUCAAGUCAAAAAUCCGCGAUGUCUAGCACGAAUCUCGUAACGAACAGCUCGGACGACACGCGGGUUUCCAGCACGCCUCCCCCGUCUCGUCCUUUCACUACCAAAGACGUCCAGAGACUCAACCAGGUGGUCAUGCUUGCCCGCUCACUCCCUUCAGAAAUGCUGGACCGCCAGGGAGAAUUGAUCAAGCAGACCAAGGACGCUUUCGAGGCUGCAGUCUUACCCUGCCGCCCCCUGCAGACUAUUCCUGCGCACUUAUUGGAGGACCACGUUCGGCGCCUGCGCACAGCCUGUUCGGUGGCGCAGGUCAUUGAGGCGUGUCUGCCCGGCGCGCUUGCAGUUUUGAGAAACAAUGAUGAUAUGCACAAGAUGGUCGUUAUAAUCUGCACCCUGAAGAUGCAAUCUCGACGCUUUACUCCGCACAAUCCGACCUUCAUCAUAAGCGUUGACAUGCUGAACGCUUUCCUCAUCGACAUGCAGAAUUUUGUCUGGCGCACGAUGGAAGCGCACGACAAUCAGAAUUUCGUGAAGAGCGCGAGCAAAGAGUCCGAGACAAGCGCGAGCAAGGAACUCGAGUCGUGCGCGAGCAGGGAGCUCGAGAUGUGCAAGGGUGAAGACCUCAACCCGGAGCUCCUCAAGAUACUCGAAGACAUCGCGUGUUUGCCGCCUAGGCUGCCCUCUUCGCAGUCAAGCUCAUGAAGGCUGGAAGGUCUGGAUCGAUUUUCCUGCCGUCCUUUGUACGGCAAUCUUGGGCCGGGACUGCUCACGCUGUCCACGCUCGACGAUCUUGCAUACUGUCUGCAUUCAACUCUGCACCCGUUCGAUGAUUCCAUACGCACAAUGCAAUAAUCCGCAUUACUCAACCUCGGUACGCACCUGACCGAAAGAGGAACAAUAAGACCGCCUUUUGUGUACACGGCCAUCACUCGCAUCAGAAGACAAC